UGCAGUUUGCCAGCCCCGACCAUUUUGUCUACCACUUGAAGGGAAGCCUUCUUUAACUUCAGUUUGUGGCCACUAGAGGUCUUUUAGUUUCGUAUGUUAGCUGCUGUUCAGUUCGUACUGCUUUUUUUUUUUUUUUUUUUUUUUUUUAUUUAUUCCUACGUGAGCAGACCCAGUACACUUCUGGCAUACAAACAGUGAAAAUUACAAUAUAAAGGACCUAUUAUACUUUCUUUUGGAGUAACAUUAGUGCUACUAAGAGGCUUGCCUACUUUGUAAGACUAGGAAGACACAUUUUCUGCAGGUAAAGCCAAAGAUUUCAGGCAACAUUUCAUGUUAAUGUGCAUUUGCUGGUUAUUCACACUGGACCACUCUUCAGAUGUCAAAGUACUUCCAGAACUUUCCCAAAUGACACAGUCCCUUGGAUACAGUUGGCCUCAUACUUGCAUGAAUGGAAGCAUCAACCACACAAAAUAAUGUCUCUCAGUGAACCCUGCUGGAUAUUGGUUUUGCCUGGUCAGAAGUGGUUGCAUUUUGCUUAACUAUUUGGAAAGAUGAGUUGAAUCUGCAACAUUAAAAAAAUUUCUGAAGAAAAAUUCUUUCUAAAGAAAGCAAUUCAGUUUGGUAUUAAUGGAUAUAAUUCCAUCAGUAAAACUAUGCAUCAGAAAUGAAAGUGCCCCAAAAAGUUAUAAAGAAUGUUGUUUAGACAACAUGCAUGUAAGAUAUAUGUGACUGACAUAAAAAAGCUGCAUCACUGAUGGAGAGCUGACUGUCAAUUAAGAGCCAUCAGGAAAGCCAUAGACUCAAACUGACCUUUAAAUUAGCUACCUAUAAGCAUAACUGUCUGCUGCAAUUUUGUAAUACAAGAAGAAUUAUGUUUGCUUCACAACACAAGGAUUUCUGGAUUCUCCAGCUACAAAAAAAUCUUUCCUUAAAUUUGAUAUUUAAUAUCUUUUUCUAGUGUUUGGAUUGAUCAGCAUUUAAACUUGAAAGAGUAUCCCUAAAGAGAACAUGUCAGCUAAAUGGAUAUAUAACAACAACAAGAAGAACGAAAGGCUUAGCUUUUUCAUUAGUAAGGUAUUCAUUUCCAUCUAAGGAACACAAUCAUAAAAUAGAGCUCAAAUGACAAAUGAAAUGGGUCGCAAAGAAACACAUUAUUUGCAGACUUUAAACUGUGAUUCAGUGGCCCAGCAAAACAUGAAAAUGCGUCCAGUGCUGCUGAAGAGGAACAGUCUGGAUUCAGUUGAUUUUAUGAGACAGCCACACCACCGCAGAAGCAAAUCUCAGCAAGUUCGUUUCAAAGAUGAUGGUAUGAACACGAAGGCGGCAGGUGUCACUGAACUGGGUACUAAUCCAGCCCAAGAUAUUGCAUUAAUGACCAGAAAUAAAGAAGUAGCUAGGCACCACAAUUUCUUGCUACAAUCCCCAUCUUUUCCCAAGGCUCAGAAGGGGCUUCAGAAUAUUGCCAUACAAACAUCUCCUAGCCUCAGGAAACACUUCCCUGUUUUUAGAAGAAGAAAACUGGCAGUAAGCAAAUCAUUAACAGAAAUGCCAACCGAGGCUGAAAAUUGCAUCCAAGCAAAUGGCAAUCUUUCUGAGCAAGAUAUUAUGUCUUCAGACUUCUGUUAUUUAAGAAUAACUAAUCAUUUGGAAGAUGGAUUUAGGAAUAGUAAGGUAAACGGUCAGUUAAGUCAAAGACCAUCAGAAGCACAAAGAAACGGACCUAUCCAUACAGAUGAUUUCUCAGUAACAGAAAAGACAACUGUUUCUACACAGGUGCCUGAAUACAUUCAUGUGAAUUUUCCACAAAACAGCAAUACUUCCAUGGAUGCACCAGACACAACCGUGAAUUUAAGUAAUUCACUGCAUUCUUCUGCUAUCAUAAAUAGCAAUAACAAUGAAAAUAGCAUGCUGUCAUCUGAUUGUGAAAAAAUAAACCCUUGCCUAAGCCAUUCCGCUAAUUACAGUGAAUGUAAUCCUCAUUCUGACUCUUGUGAAGGAGAUAAAAGUGACUCUGAGCUGCUUGUAGUCAGCACAGAUGCAAGCAGUCAGGAAACUACUCCAUUAUCACUUCCAUCAAAUCACAGCAUAUCUCCUUGUUCCCUCAGAGACCAUCAACAGGCAGGAGAGCACAAAACAGGUUCCAGCUGUGUGACACUAACAAAUGAUGAUCACACAGUAAUGUCAUUGACCAGCAGUAAUGCAUCAAAAUCUAUUUCUUCGUGCAAUACUGAAAUUGAGAAAAAUUCUACCCCAUCUGAUGUUUCUCAGCGUAACAGCUGUUUAGAAGGAUUUCACAUAAAGUCUCAUCUGCCAAGGAAUGAAACAAACCCACAAACCAACAAAGAGAUUACUGAAAUAAAUCAAAUUCAUCUGGCACAUGGUGAACUAUGUGCCCUACAAGGCAGGCUACAGUCUGUAGAGGAAUCCUUGCUGUCGAACCAGGAGAAGAUUAAAGUCCUUUUGAAAGUAAUUCAAGACCUUGAAAAAUCCAGAGCACUCAGUGAAGGGCGCAACUUUUUUCACACUGGUCAAGACCUCAACAACUGCAGCACCUGUCAGAACACCGCAUGUAUCAUUUACAGCGUAGAAUAUGACUUCAGACAACAAGAAGGAAGAUUUCGUGAGAUUUUAAAAAGACUGGAACAUGAAGAGCAAAAUCCAGCUUCACCUCAAAAACUAUCGUCUGAUCAUCCAGUUCCCGAGAAAACAGAGUUAAGAAGAAAAACAAAAAAGGUGAAAAAAAAAUGUUUCUGGUGGAUUUGACUUCCUUACAGAUCUUAUAUGCAAAAACUAUUUCUUUUUUUACAUUUCGAAAAGCACUAGAACAGAAAGAAGUUUGAGAGCACACACCUGAAAAUAUGGCUUUAUGAAUUCACAACACUAAAGAAUGUUUGUUUGAUAAAUUAGAACUGAAUUUACUUAAAUCAUCUCACUGAAUAAAGACACAUGAAGAGACUAUUCUUUGAAAAGGAAUUGUAAGAUUUUCUUUUUUUUUUUCAAUGACACU